ACGUGAAGCAAAUAAGAUAUGCGUUUUAAUAGGUCAUAGAAGAAAAAGCGCGUUGUAACAUUUCCCACACCAUAAAAGAAAAAGGCCCGCCGGUUUUGCCACCUAUUCUCGUGCUUUCUUCUCGGAAACCUCUCAGUUUUCCGUCAAUGGAAAUAGUCGGUGCAGAUGGGUCAAAUAUUCAAAUCAAACCGGGUCAGACCCGGGAACUCGGGAGAGCCCGCGGCCUGAAUUCCUCUGAUAAAACGAUUUCUCGGCGCCACGUUUCCUUCUCCUUCCCCACAUUUUCCGACAAUCAAGAAAUCCGCCUCCAGUUUGAAGUUCUUGGAAAGAAUCCCAUUUACGUGAAUAAAAAUAAUGAAGUCAACAUAAGUCGGAGGUUCGAAAGGGGCGUAGUGGAAGACGGCGAUAUGUUCUGCGUUUCUUCUAAGAAUCCCGUUUGGUAUACUUUGAGAAGAUCUGAAAGUGGCGGUCAAAGUGUUCGACAGAAUGAUUUGGAGAGCGAGUUGGCUGGGACUUGGGAGAGUGGGAGUGGGUUAGGAGGUGUUGAAGAUUUGCAGCAAGAGAGUGUGGAUAUUUCGGAUAUAGAUCCUGUUAAAGAAUUUGGGUUGGUGGUAAUAGGACAUGAGUUUGAUUCCUAUCCCAAGAAAAUGAUAAGGGACAUCAAGAAUUGGGACUGGUUUCUUGAGGAAACAGGAAGAGAUAGUGAUAUUGAUAAUGAUGAGGACAAGAAAAAAAGGGGGAGUACGAGAAGGAAGAGGAAAAAAGGAGCAGAGAAUGAAGACGAGGAGUGGACUGGAGAGAGUGAAGAUGACAAAGUGUUUAUUAGCAAGUCCAAGAAGCCUCAAAGGCCAAAAUAUAUGACAAGGUCCAAGGAUCGUGGCAAACCAACAAGCAAGAGCAAACGCACUGCAGUGAAGAUAAACCAAGAAGUGGAUGAUGAAGAUGUUGAAGAUGAGGAUGAAGAUGAUGAGACGUUGGGAGGUUUCAUUGUCGAUGAUGAAAACUUGGAAGAGGAGGAAGAAGUUGGUGAUGAGGAGGAAGAGGAAGAAGAAGAAUUAGCAGAUGGAGAUGAAGAUGAAUGACAAUCCCAAACUGGAUUUUGCUUGGGAUGUUUUGUAGGUGUGGAAUGUAGAUAUACCACUGUAACUUACCUGUAUGUUGUAAGGAUAAUUAAUCUAGCAUUUGGUGAAAUGCCUGACUAUUAACUUCAUGGUUGUAACUGUAUCCCUUUAUUUUCUUUUUCUUUUUUUUGGGAUAAACAACUGGUUUCAAUGUUCAAUAUGAUCAAGGCAAAUCAGCUUGUUCAUAAGCUGCUUCGCCAUGAUGCACCAUGGUACUUUUAAGGUUCU